UAUCCUUACGUGUGGAUAUAUCGUUAGGAGUGUAAAAUGUCUAUAAUAAUAAAUGACAUUUUUCAAUUUGAACAAAACAAUGGUAGAUAAUUCCAUAAAAAAUGAGUGUCACUUUGCACACUGAUGUCGGUGACAUAAAAAUAGAAUUAUUUUGCGAAUUAUGCCCAAAAACGUGCGAGAAUUUUCUUGCUUUGUGCGCCAGCGACUAUUACGAUAAUUGUUUAUUUCACCGUAAUAUAAAAGGAUUUAUUGUACAAACGGGGGAUCCUACGCAAACCGGUAAAGGUGGAACAUCAAUAUGGAAUCGUAAAUUUGAAGAUGAAUUCAAGGAGGAACUGAAACAUAACACGAGAGGUCUUGUAUCUAUGGCUAACAAUGGCCCAAAUACAAAUGGAAGCCAAUUUUUUAUUACAUAUGCAGCCCAACCACAUUUAGAUCUGAAGUAUACAUUAUUUGGAAAGGUAAUAGAUGGAUUAGAGACUCUAGAACAAUUAGAAAAAUUACCAGUGAACCCAAAGAAUUAUAAACCACUUACAGAAAUCCGAAUAAACAGUGUAACUAUACAUGCAAAUCCUUUAGCAGGUUAGAUGUAAGUUG